ACCUACAGAGCAACGAUGUCUGAAAUUUCGACCAUAUACAAAAUAUCCGUCUUCGCAUUUACAUUGUGUUUUGUUUAUGGUUCUGCAUGUCUGGUUCUGGAGUGCUGGUUUGUACAGGAGAAGCCUGGUCAUGGAGGAGGUUUAUCAACACCGAUGAGUCAAGAGAAAUCCCUCAUGUUCAUCAGUACUGAAGCCUACAGUGAAGAAAUAAAGACUGAACUCCAUCCUCCUGCAGACAUCAGCUCGUCCAGAGUUUACUAUGUGACUGAUCCAGCAGGUACGUUCCGCAGUGCUGCUCUGAAUCCUCCUAAACGCUCAGUAAAUAAACCCAAAUGUGAAAUAAACCCCUUCAUGCCUCACGCCUCCAUGGUCAGAUGGGCUUCUGCUCUCACUGACUCUGCCCAGAGUCCAGUCUACCUGCAAGCUGAUUGGUUCUCAGUGGCGGCUCAAGGCAUUGAUGAGCAGCUGACACUGUCCAAUAUUAUGAGAGCCUCUUCAGCUUCUAAAGACCCAAAAGUGAUUCUCAGUGUGUCCAGCAAAACUCCAGUGGUUCGCUGUAGACUGGGAGAGCCAGUUCUGCUGGACUGUGGCUUUUGGAUUGAUCCGUCUUCUCCUCUUCACGGCUCUGGAUUCUCCAUCGAGUGGCUUUAUCAGUUCAGGGGUGAAGGACGGCUGGUGCUCGCUUACGACGGCAAGAACGAUCGCUUUGCAGAGACGUCAGAGAGCGGAGCUGAAAUGGACAUCACAGGCCUCUAUCAAACAGGCAACGCUUCUCUGAUCCUGGAGGAAUCUCAAGUCAGACACUCGGGAACUUACAUCUGCACAAGUUACCUUCCUCAUCUGCUGGCACAGGUGGCUGUAGACCUGGAGAUCGUUGAGCCUCCAUCUCUCUCCAUCCUCCCGUCUCCUCUUCCUCUGCUGAUCCCGGGACAGGUGCUGUCGGUUCAGUGUGAGGCAUCUGGUUUUGUUCCUCACACUCUAGAUCUGGACUGGGAGUUCAUCAGGGCUGAUGGGAUGUCUCGCUCUCUGGGUCAGGGCAGUGUAACCGGUCACAGACGGGCGUCUGAUGGCACCUUCAGUCAGAGCAGCCGCCUGGAGCUGGACUUCACUAAACUGAGACUCGCUCCGGGCGGAGAGAUCAGCUGUGUAGCCAAACAUGACGGAGGAACACGACGAGCCUCUGCUGUGCUCACUGUCAUCGGUGUGGGAGCUCCUUCUAUUGAGGACUCGAUGGCGAUGGUCGCUGUUGCUCUUCUUCUUUAUGGCAUGAUCAAGUUUUUCUCCUGGACAUUCAGCUCUUCUGACGUCGAUGACUCUGAAUUAAAUGAUAAGAAAGAGAAAUAAUCCUGGAUCUGGGGUUUUGCAUCUCGUCUCAUUGUGAAGCUGUUUUUACUCAUUCUUCUGAAGCUAAAUAAUGUGC